GAGAGAGAGAGAGAGAGAUGUGGAUUUUCUAUAUGAUCUCGCUUCCCCUCACGCUGGGCAUGGUGAUACUGACGUUGAGGUACUUCGCCGGUCCUAACAUCCCUCGCUACGUCCUCUUCACUGUUGGAUACGCUUGGUUCUGUUCCCUCUCCAUCAUCAUCCUCGUUCCUGCCGACAUUUGGGCGACAAUAAUUGAUCAAGAUAAGGGAGGCAUUGCUUUCUUUUGGAGUUGGUCAUACUGGAGCACUUUUAUACUUACUUGGGCUGUGGUGCCCACUAUUCAGGGUUAUGAAGAUGCUGGGGACUUCACUGUAAAAGAAAGAUUGAAGACUAGCGUACAGGGAAACCUAGUCUUCUAUUUGAUUGUGGGAUCUAUUGGCCUUUUCGGACUUAUUCUAUUCAUUAUUAUGCACAGGAGUGGGGGUGGAGAUGUUGUUGGUUUAGCCAUGGCUUGCUCAAAUACUUUUGGGCUUGUUACUGGUGCAUUUCUUCUUGGCUUUAGUUUGAGUGAAAUUCCAAAAAGCACUUGGAGAAAUGCCGAUUGGACAACUCGCCAGAAGGUUCUAUCCCAUAGGGUUGCUAAAAUGGCUGUGAAGCUUGAUGAUGCACAUCAAGAAUUUUCAAAUGCUAUUGUUGUUGCUCAAGCGACAUCAAAUCAGAUGUCCAAGCGUGAUCUCUUGAGACCCUACAUGGAUGUGAUUGAUAAUAUGUUGCUUCAGAUGUUUAGAGAAGACCCCUCCUUUAAACCCCAAGGGGGUAGAUUGGGAGAAAAUGAUAUGGAUUAUGACACAGAUGAGAAAUCAAUGGCUGCACUUAGGCGUCAACUUAGGAGAGCUCGUGAAGAGUAUUACCGGUACAAAAGCGAGUAUAUGACUUAUGUCGCAGAAGCCCUUGAACUGGAGGAUACUAUAAGAAAUUAUGAGCGUCGCAGUGCUACUGGAUGGAGAUAUGUUUCAAGCUUCAGACCUUGUCGAACAGGAAAAAUAGGAUCCUUCCUUGAUGUGAUAGAGUUGGUUUGGAGAUGUAUACUGAGAAAGCAACUCAAGAAACUCUUGGCUAUCAUACUUGGGUGCAUGUCAGCUGCAAUUCUUUUGGCAGAGGCUACUAUACUGCCAAGUGGAGUUGAUUUGUCUCUUUUCUCCAUUCUUAUAAAUGCAGUAGGAAAGCAACAAGUUCUUGUACAGAUAAUUGCUUUUGUGCCCCUGAUGUAUAUGUGUGUGUGCACAUAUUAUUCCCUGUUCAAAAUUGGAAUGCUAAUGUUUUACUCGCUAACGCCAAGACAAACAAGUUCGGUGAACUUGCUUAUGAUUUGCUCGAUGGUUGCACGUUAUGCGCCUCCAAUUUCUUACAACUUUCUCAAUCUCAUUCGUCUUGGUGGGAGCAACAAAACUAUCUUUGAAAAGAGAAUGGGGAAUAUCGAUCAAGCUGUUCCUUUCUUUGGGGAAGGAUUUAAUAAAAUCUAUCCAGUUAUUAUGGUUAUUUACACUCUGUUGGUUGCAAGCAAUUUCUUUGACCGGGUAAUUAAUUUUUUUGGGAGCUGGAAGAGAUUCAGGUUUCAAAAUGCGGCAGAUGAUACAGAUGGAUUUGAUGCAUCGGGAACAAUUAUUUUGCAGAAAGAACGAUCUUGGCUUGAACAAGGAAGUAAUGUUGGUGAGCAUGUUAUCCCAUUGGCACGGAAUUUCAACAAUAAUAGUAUGGAUCUGGAGUCGGGCACCAAUGACACAGACAAAGGUGGUGUUGAAAUGAGAGCAACAACCAAUUUAAUCAAGGAUGGUGGAAAGGGGAGUCCAUCAAAACCCUUGAAGGAAGAGACGCAGAAAUAUGGCAAGAGCAGAGAAACAGUAGGAAACAAAUACACUUCCAUAAGAGAACAAAGUGGGCAGGUUUCUGCUACAACGUCAACGGAGAUGAACACAGCCUCUGGUACUGUCUCUUUGCUUGAUGCAGCCAACUCUCAAAACCGCUCUGUUAACACAGCAAGUGGACCCUCUUCUGGAUUAGCCUCGACAUGGGAAUCAGUGAGGACAGGUUUUCAAAAUCUUAAAUCUAACAUUGGCUCCAAGAAGUUCCUUCCUCUACGCCAGGUGCAGGAAACAAAACUUAUCUCCCAUGAUUCCUCUUCUGAGUCCCUUGAUGAAAUAUUCCAGAGACUAAAACAACCAACUCUAGAUCAAGGGGAUAACAUUUACGAGGACAACAAUAUGGAGGUUAGGCAUUCAGGUCCCACCAGAUAAUACAUGCAUUCGGAAAAGAAACAUGAUUACUUGAGGCUUCUGUAUGGGUUGGAUGUGGGGGUCAUUUUUGGUUGUGAAGCCCACAAGAAAUGUACAGGUUGCAGAAAAGACAUUGAUGCUUUGUGCUCACUAAAUUCUCUGAUAUUGAAUCUCCUGAAGCACUGAGAAGGUUAUCCCAUAUGAGAACUAUAUGCAUCUAUUGGUUGUGCAGUAGACAGAAAAUAGGACAUGUAAUACUAUCAACAGUUCAACACUCAGAUGUGGAAAAACCACCCAUUGUAGAGAAUUUUGUAAUAUGUAUCAUUGGAACAGAAGUGUCUUUCUCAUACCUUGCCGAAGUUGAACAUUGGCAUUGAAUGAAUGUGGCAUUCUGGCG